AUCGAAGAAUUUGAUGAAUACGUAAAGAUGAGGAAUUUAAUCAGAGUAUAGUUGAUUUAAUCUUACACGCUAUUAGCUAUAGCAUGCAUUUAACUAUAAAAAUAUUUUUACAACAAGAAAAAGAAUACGCGUUGUACGAUCUCAACAAUAUUGUGCCCAACAGAACAACAUCGUAUAACGAAGUAGACGUGUUGAAAGUUGGCGAACACUAUGAUAUUUUGACAUUGGGUGAGCAUCAUUUAUUUCCGUGUAUAAUUCUUAGUUUAAUACAGACAAGUUUUGAGCGUUUUUGCAUUAACAGUGAACCGCCAAGUAUUUUAGGUGUGGAUGCUACUUUCAAUAUUUGUGAUUAUAACGUAACAAUCACCACUUACAAGCAUCUGUUACUUGUAAAAAGUAACACUGAAGAACAUCCAGUUAUGAUUGGACCUACCAUUAUACAUUCUCACAAAACCUUUGAUUCAUAUUACACACUUCCGAGUAAUAUUGUCAGAUUUAAGCCUAAUGCUGUCAAUUUGAAAUCGUUUGGAACCGAUGAAGAAACAAACAUCCAUCGAGCAUUUACAAUAACCUUCCAAAAAGCCGAUCAUCUGUUAUGCUCCAUACAUGUCAAAGACAAUAUAGUCAAACAAGCAAAAAAACUUGGUAUGAAAGAAAACGAAGUUUUGUGGGAUAUAUUUGGCAAGAUCAGUGGUGAAACAAAAAUAAAGGGUUUAGUGGACUGUGAAACAGAAGAGGAGUUUGAAGAAAUGUAUGAAAAGAUAUCAGAAAAAUGGAAAGUUAAACCAAAUGGGCCAAAAUUCAUAGAAUAUUUUGAAAAUUUCAAAAAAAAUUCAAUGAAAGAAAAAAUGCUGUCGAGUGUUAGAAUCAAGUGUGGCCUUGGUAAUCCACCAGAACCAUAUACACAAAAUGCGAAUGAGUCAAUCAACUCAAUGAUAAAACGGAGCAAAGAAAGUGGAAAACUAACGUUGAAACAAACAGUGAAAUUGAUGCAAGAUGAGGUAAAGAAGCAAGAAGAGAAAGUCAAACUUGCUUUAAUUGGGAAAGGGGAUUGGAAACUGGCAAAGGGAUACCAGCAGUUCUUUAUAAUUGAGAGCAAAUUUUACAACAUGAUCCCGACCCAAAAGAAAGCUGAAAUCGAUAAGUUCAAUACAUUCUUGCCCGAUGCUGAAAAACAAGAUACACCAAGAAAAUCUGAUAUAAUUCAGAAAAAGAAAAUUAAUUAAUUACUUCUCAAA